AUGAAACAAUGUGAAGGCCAUAUUGACGAUGCUGAGAAGGAUAAAGUUAUCUUUGAUGUACUGGAAGAAAAUCAAGAAGUAGAUGAUGAAGCUACCUUGAAACGGCGCUUGGCUGGACCUUCAGUGCUGAAAUCCGGUCAAGAGAGUGUGAAUCAGGAAAAAAUAAAUGAAAUUAUUUAUGCGGCUUCUAAAGGAAGUAAGUAUUUUGAGGCAGAACAGAAAAGAGACCUUGAACUUCGAAAUAGAAUUGAGCGUGUACAAAAGGAGGUAAAAGAAUAUUAUCGUAAACUUGAAUGCGAUAAGGCUUUUCAAAGGGAAUGGGCUGAACGGACUGAUGAGAUUGACAGCUAUAUGGAAGAACUCCGAUCUAGUCGUGAUUUAAGUCAAGUAAUUGUGCAUGUAGAUUGCGACGCAUUCUAUGCAUCUAUUGAAGAAUUGAGAAACGAAAAUCUAAAGAAUGUUCCAAUGGCCGUUGGCAAAGGUGUUUUAUGUACUGCAAACUAUAUGGCUAGAAAGUUUGGUGUGCGAUCAGCCAUGCCGGAAUUCAUUGCAAGAAAAUUGUGCCCAGAGCUAGUCGUUAUUCCUCUGAACAUUCCAGAGUAUGCAAAAAAAUCGAAGGAAAUACAGGAUGUACUGGCGCAGUAUGAUCCGAAUCUUUGCCCGGCUAGUAUCGAUGAAGUUUACAUGAAUUUAACUCCGUACAUGGAUCGACAGGAAUUUACUAAGGAUGAGGAUACUAUGCAGAAAGUCGUUAUGGAAAUAAGAAAUAAUGUGUUGGAAGCUACUGGUGUCAGUGUCAGUUGCGGAAUUGCUGUUAACAAGUUACUUGCUAAAAUAGCUAGUAACAUGAAGAAGCCGAAUGAUCAAUUUAUUGUUUCAAAUGAAGCAGAAGUGAUUGAAAAAUUUGUGUCUGAAUUACCAACAAGAAGGAUUAAUGGAAUCGGCAGAGUAUUGGAACAGGAGCUUCUCGGGCUAGAUAUAAAAACCUGUGGUGACAUAAUACAUAAUAGGACUAUCUUGUCAUAUAUUUUUAAAGAGAAAACUUCUCAAAAUUUGAUACAAUGCAGCUUGGGAAUUGGAUCCACCAUUGUCGAAGAUUUUGGCGACAGCAACAGAAAAAGUAUCGGUUGUGAAAUAACAUUUUCAAAUGCUAUCACUUCUGGAGGUCUCCUGGAAAGUAAGCUACAAUCCUUGUGUCAAAGUUUAGCAGAUGAUUUAUUGAAACGAGAUUUAAUUGCGAAUUCUAUGUCAAUAAAGAUAAAGACCGAUACCUUUCAAGUACAUACAAGACAGAAAAACUUACGAGGAUACAUCUACAAUGACACAGAUCUUUUUUGCGAAGCUCUGAAACUACUGAGGAUGGAAUAUCCAUUACGAUUACGGCUUUUGGGUGUUCGACUUAGCAAGUUGACCACCAAGUCAAGCUACUUUGCUUCUCAGAUUAAAUUUUCAAAACAAAACAGUGUCCCGUGUCCUGUAUGUCACAAGAAUCUGGAAGAUGAUUUAGCGGCUGUAAAUCAGCAUAUUGAUCUUUGCCUAAAUACGGAAACUGUAAAGACGGUGAUUAAUAAUGAAAAGAAAGAAUUGCCUCUCAAAAGAAAGCGAAACACUAUAGAUGUCUUCUUCAGACAUUAG